AGAAGCGCUGUCACGACCCGUUAGCUUUCUGUCGGCGUAUAGGCUUCGGCUAAGCUAACACCGCUAUCAUGAAGGCUCUUCGAGGAAUGGUGAGCGGAGCCGUAAACGAGAUCACGUCGGCUGUCAGCGGGCACAAAAUCGCCGCUACCCGUGAGCACGUCCUCGCAGUCAAUCGCGACUACAUUUCUCAACCGAGACUGACAUAUAAAACUGUAUCUGGUGUCAAUGGCCCUCUGGUGAUUUUGGACCAAGUGAAGUUUCCCAGGUACGCCGAGAUCGUCCACUUGACCCUCCCCGAUGGCACGAAGCGCAGCGGCCAGGUUCUGGAGGUCACUGGCUCCAAAGCCGUCGUCCAGGUGUUCGAAGGAACCUCAGGCAUCGAUGCCAAGAAGACAAGCUGUGAAUUUACAGGGGACAUUUUACGCACGCCCGUGUCUGAGGACAUGCUGGGUCGCGUGUUUAACGGAUCGGGGAAGCCGAUUGACCGAGGUCCGGCCGUGUUGGCCGAGGAUUACUUGGAUAUCAUGGGCCAGCCCAUCAACCCACAGUGCCGUAUCUACCCCGAGGAGAUGAUCCAGACCGGCAUCUCUGCCAUUGACGGCAUGAACAGCAUCGCCAGGGGGCAGAAAAUCCCCAUUUUCUCUGCAGCCGGUCUCCCACACAACGAGAUCGCCGCGCAGAUCUGUCGGCAGGCCGGCCUGGUCAAAAAGUCCAAAGACGUGACGGACUACAGCGAGGAGAACUUCGCCAUUGUGUUUGCCGCCAUGGGGGUGAACAUGGAGACAGCUAGAUUUUUCAAGUCUGACUUCGAGGAGAACGGAUCCAUGGACAACGUGUGCCUGUUCCUGAAUCUGGCCAACGAUCCUACGAUUGAACGCAUCAUCACUCCUCGCCUGGCGCUGACCGCCGCUGAGUUCCUGGCCUAUCAGUGUGAGAAACACGUCCUGGUCAUCCUGACUGACAUGAGCUCCUACGCUGAAGCCCUGAGAGAGGUGUCUGCAGCGAGAGAGGAAGUGCCUGGACGCCGUGGUUUCCCUGGUUACAUGUACACCGAUCUGGCGACAAUCUAUGAGCGGGCGGGGCGAGUGGAGGGUCGUAACGGUUCCAUCACUCAGAUUCCCAUCCUCACCAUGCCCAAUGAUGACAUCACACAUCCCAUUCCCGAUUUGACCGGCUACAUCACGGAGGGUCAGAUCUACGUGGACCGACAGCUUCACAACAGACAGAUCUAUCCUCCCAUCAACGUCCUGCCGUCUCUGUCUCGACUCAUGAAGUCGGCCAUCGGAGAGGGAAUGACCCGUAAGGACCACUCGGAUGUCUCCAACCAGCUGUACGCCUGUUACGCCAUCGGGAAAGACGUCCAGGCCAUGAAGGCUGUAGUGGGAGAAGAAGCUCUGACGGCUGAUGAUCUACUCUACCUGGAGUUCCUGCAGAAGUUUGAGAAGAAUUUCAUCUCUCAAGGCGCUUACGAGAACCGCACCGUGUACGAGACCCUGGACAUCGGCUGGCAGUUGAUGCGAAUUUUCCCCAAAGAGAUGCUGAAGAGGAUCCCGCAGAGCACACUGGCCGAGUUUUACCCCCGAGAGUCCAAACACUGAGGCUCCGUUCUGCUGUACGCUCUUUAUUUCUCCUCUCCCGUGUAUCUCCGCCCCUUAGAUAUAUAUCACCCCCCCUCCGAUGCUGCGUUGUUAUACACUCCUCUCACUGUAGCCUCCUAGUUCUCUGCUCCUGCUCUCUGUACACAACCCAAACGCUAAAUGUGGCCAAACCGUGAUGUGUAUAUAUAUAUACGUAUGUUGUGAAUAUUGUCGCAGUGAGUGUGGAAAAAAGCGUAUAAGUGGAUUAGUAGCCAAACGUUUAGUCCUGGAUAUAAACCUGUGUAUGUGUGUGUGUGUGUGUUUGACGGGCAGAAGUGCAAGACGGUCCAAAUAAUAUAGGAAUAGGAAAUAAAUUGCGUUUAUUUUACACCAAAUGUAAUGGAAGUCGAUCGGAUGAAUGCCUCGAACAAUGUGGCGUAGUAUACGGCGUGAGAAAUGUGCUGUGAUUGGCCGCUCCAGAAAAAGGCGUGCCCAAACUCUGAGCAUCAUAUAAGCACCAUAAACUCGUUAGCCAUUUAUUUAUUUAUUUACAAAGCAGUUUGUUUUUCAAGCUCUGUGUUGCCAUAGUAACAGCAAUUUUAUUCCUUAUUUGUGGGAAACACAGCGCCACCUGCUGUACCGGAGAACAUGACUCAAAGUCUGUGAGAUUGUAAGCUGACGUUUUUGUCUCUUUAGAUUUGCACCAGCGCUGUGAGCUUGAACAGGAGCCAACAAUACAGUAAAAUAUAUAUAUAUAUAAAUAUCACGACACUAUUCUGGAAGGCGGUUCAACAAAACAAGAUCAUAAUCCAUAGGAUUAUCAUCAUUUGAUUAUUUCUGUUCAAAAAAUAUUUAUAAUAAAAUUCCAGGGGUUUAUUUUAUUUUAUUUUUGUAAAAUGAAUUGCAAAAAAUUUCACUUCUUAACAUUUUCAAAUACAUUUUUUUUAUGUUUAUAUUUAUAUAAAUUUUUUUUAUUUAUCUAUGUUUACAAUUUCAACCUAAAAAAAACAACUUUAAAGUCAGUUUGCAUUUCAUUUUAUUUAAACAAAAAUUAAAACAAGGGAAUCGUGACAUCGAUGGCCUUUUAGAAUUAGCGUGUUGUGACAUAAAUCUAGAUAUCGAUACUGAAUCUGUAAAUAUAAAGCGAUUCCAUUCGUACCGCAUGCCGUCCUUCUGUUCCGCUCUUCCACCGUCUCGUGAUAUUAAACGACUCCUAGACAUUUCCACCCAGUUCAUGGAGUCCAUGCCACACUAGACAAAAAUGGCUAAAGCUAGGGGUUUUUUGUUGUCUUUAAGCUCUGGUGCGAAGCUAAACAAAUCGAUCCAUUCCUUUUGAGAUGAACAGAACACUAAACCUAGCAUUAAAUCUUCACAUACACUAACAUCAUGCUGUUCCUUUAUACUUCUAAACUUUAUUCAUAUUCAGUAGUUGUGCAGGUGGUGGCGGUAAACAUUCACCAAGCAAUAUUAUGUUUUUCAAAAUAAAUAAAUAAAUAUUUUAGUUUCUUUUCUGAAGCGAAACUCCUCUCUCUGGUCUUUAACACACUCUGUUCAUUUUUCUGCAAGUUUCUGUGAGUAUCCGAUUUAGAUGGAUGAUGUUUACUAUUUUUUAUUUUAUUUAUUAUGUUGCUUUGUUUAAUGAUCAGGAUUAUUAUUUAUUCGUGCCAUGUUGUCGUUGCUGGUUCGAUGGAUGUGCUGCGCUAUCGUGUGUUUCAUAUGGAAGGAUGUGAGAUUUCUGUCUGAAUGCAUGGAAGUGAUGUGAUCGUGAAGCGUCUGUGUAAUCAUUCGGUCUGUAGAAUAAAAAUCCAAUCAUGUGC